CGCGAUCCCCGCCUUGCCACUUUUUGACAGCGGGUAUAUGGCGGACCCUGGGUUUUUUCAUUCUACAUAAAAGAAGGGGGAAGGCGAGGAUCGCUUUUUUUUCUGCCUUCUCUUUUUCUAAAAGACGCAUAUAAAGUUGGAACAGAGGGGGAACCUUUUUUUAUAUCAGCUACACGUCUCCGUUGCGACUAUAUAAAUGCUGCCGAGGAUACCACUCGCCUGUUUCCGGGCUGUCCGGUCAGCAGGCAGCAGCACCACGUUUGCAUUGUCUGCUCGGCGAUUUCAUAGUACCGUACUUUCCCGUCCUAAUGCUGCUUCACUAACGACGACGACAACAACGACGCCAUCGACUUCGAACCGACAUUCAAGCUUAAUAUUACGCCGUACAUUCUCUAGCCACCGGCCUUUAUGGCAAGAAACAAAACAACAAGUCACUAAAAAAGUCGAAACAACCACACAGCAACAACCUGCAACAAAGACGAAUGGCACCGUUACUGCAGCAGCCAGCGCCAACAAGCAACGCAAUGCAACCGACUGGGCCAUUAUUCGACAACUCAUGAAAUACGUAUGGCCCAAGAAUGACGCUGGUACCAAAGCUCGCGUAGCGAUUGCCUUGUCGCUUUUGGUGGGCGGCAAACUGUUAAACGUCGAAGUCCCGUUCUUUUUCAAAGAAGUCAUUGAUUCACUCGGUACAACGUUUCCUGCGGAUGCGACCCUGUGGGCCGUAUGUGGUGCUGCUAUUAUCGGUUAUGGUUUGGCACGGUUGGGCGCUAGUGCGUUCCAAGAACUUCGUAAUGCGGUGUUUGCCACGGUUGCGCAAAAGGCUAUCCGGCGCGUCGCUUUGAACGUAUUUGCACAUCUCCACCGACUCGACUUGAGCUUCCAUUUGACUCGACAGACGGGUGGUCUCAACCGAGCCAUUGAUCGCGGUACAAAGGGUAUCAGCUUUUUGCUUAGCUCGAUUGUAUUCCACAUCCUGCCAACGGCUCUCGAAAUCUCCAUGGUAUGUGGUAUCCUGGCCUACAAGUUUGGUACUUCUUACGCUGCAGUGACCUUUUCAACAAUCGCCGCAUACACGGCUUUCACAGUCGUAACGACCGCAUGGCGUACCGAAUUCCGUAAGCAGGCUAACGCUGCGGAUAACGAGGCUGCCACCAAGUCUGUUGAUUCAUUGAUCAAUUUCGAAGCUGUCAAGUAUUUCAACAAUGAAAAGUUCGAGGCCGAGCAGUACGACAAGCCGUUGCAAAAGUACGAAAAGGCAUCCCUCAAGGUCGCGUCGAGUCUGGCUGCAUUGAAUGCCGGCCAGAACGCUAUCUUUAGCACAGCACUAACGGCCAUGAUGUUCCUUUCGGCCCAAGGGGUUAUGGACGGUACCAUGACAGUGGGUGAUGUAGUCAUGGUCAACCAGCUCGUGUUCCAGCUGUCGAUGCCACUUAACUUUCUGGGAUCCGUCUAUCGUGAACUGCGUCAGUCAUUGAUUGACAUGGAUACCAUGUUCCAUUUGGAAAACCAGCCAGCAAUGAUCCAGGAUGCGCCGGACGCCAAGGAUCUUAUCUUCAAGGGCGGUGAAAUUCGAUUUGAAAAUGUUGUGUUUGGAUAUCACCCUGAACGUCCCAUCUUGAACAAUGUCAGCUUUACCGUCAACGCUGGUGAAAAGGCAGCUUUCGUGGGCCCAAGCGGUUGUGGUAAAUCCACCAUCCUGCGUCUUUUGUUCCGCUUCUAUGAACCUCAAUCCGGCAACAUCUAUAUCGAUGGUCAAAACAUCAAGGAUAUCCGUUUAGACAGCGUGCGCAAGGCCAUUGGUGUCGUUCCCCAGGACACGAGUUUAUUCAACAGCACCAUUCUCUACAAUGUGCAAUACGGUCGUAUUGGUGCCACUCAAGAUGAAGUCUAUAGUGCAGCCAAGCGUGCAAAGAUUCAUGAUGUCAUUAUGAGCCUACCGGAUAAGUACGAAACCAAGGUUGGCGAACGCGGUCUUAUGCUUUCAGGUGGCGAAAAGCAGCGCGUAUCGCUGGCACGAACACUACUUAAGAACCCAAAGAUAUUGUUCUUGGAUGAGGCAACAUCUGCAUUGGAUACCCACACAGAACAGUCCCUGCUUGCCAAUUUCAGAGACAUAUUGCGUGAUACGAAAAUGACGAGCUUCCACAUUGCCCACCGGUUAAGAACUAUCCGAGAUGCUGAUACAAUUUUUGUGCUCCGGGAAGGAAAAAUCGUCGAAUCAGGCAAUCAUAGUGGAUUACUUAAAGCAGAACAUGGUGUAUAUAAGGAAAUGUGGGAUCGGCAAGAAAAACUCAAUUAGAAACUUUCAAUAUACAAAAUUGCAUUAUCAUUUAUACAAUAAAAAACAUUACAUACAGAAAG